CCGUGUUUCAGCAGCUUACAGCCUCAACUGGUGUUUGUGGCUGAGAAAGUGAGACUGAGUGAUUUGGAAGGUGUGUGUGGAUGGGAUGGGAGAAUGGCGCGGUGUACUCAGGACCUGCGCCAAGUUCAUUUUCCCAUGAUUCAUUCACAGCUAUUGACCAACCCCCUCCCCCCACUUGAAUAGGCAGGGUGAUGCAUAUGAAUGCAGAAGUUAUUUAAUUACAUGGUUUUAUUUAGUAGAUGUGUUUAGUAAAUGAAUUUAAUUAAAUGACACACAUUCACAAACACCUCCUGGCCUUUGAAAAAAGUUACUGCAAUUUGGCAUCUUAUUCCAUUUUGAAUAGUUCUCAGAUUUUGAAUUUGUCUAAAUUUGGACUUUCCAAGAGUUCUGGAAAGUACAUAGUGGCAGAGCAUAUACCACGCAUGUGGGAGACUUGAGUCAGAUCCCCAGCACUGAGAAAAUGCAAAAUGUUAAAAAACCCUGAUAGUUAUUUUUUUUUAACCAUGGAUGAGGUUAUAAACUAUACACAUAAAGUGAACUAUCUGGAAAAAUCUCAUAGUUGUUAAUUAUGUUUAUUAUAAGAUCUCACUUCAGAUAUUUGUUAAAAUGACAUACUACAUUUAAGUUUUGAAAUAAACAUUUGCAUAUAGAUGAAUUUGCUUUGGAUUUGAAAGCUGCAUUCCAUUCAGAAAUGUAUUUUCUAGGAAAAAAAUACAAUAGCAAGAAUUUAAAAAUGUAGUAGGGACCAAAAGGUGUUAAUUCAAUUCUUAAUAGAGGUGUAUGAGUAGCUCUUAGUUUUAUAAUUCAUACCUUUAAUUAUGUUUCUUCCAAAGCAUUAUAUAAGCUAUGUCAAAAUGUAUUUUUCCAGAAGAAUUGAGUCAAUAUUAGGUAUUCAAGAGGAAACAUAGGUAAAAAUAACUAUGUACAUAAUAUUAAAACAUAUGAGCAUUGUGCAAGAUUCAUACUAUUUUUCAUGAGCAGUGUAUUUUGUGUGCCUCUCUUUACAGCCACUAAUGUGUAUACAUUUCCAUAUUAUAAGUAAUGCAGUCUUUAUUUCCAGGAUGUUGAAUUAGGUGGUUUCAAACUUGCUGGUAUUUGGCUUUCAUUAUUUUGUGUGUGUGUAUAAAAUUAUUUGUUGAUAGAUUGUGUAUGUCCUUUGAGAAAAAAAUUUUAUUAAAAUUUAGACAUUUUAGAGAAUUGUUUAAUAUUUAAGAGAAUACAUAGGGAGUAAGAGAAAGCAGACUAAAUAUUUGUUUUGUCUUAUUUUCUUGAAUUUAGGCAUUGUUUACUUACAUAGACAUUUUACUAAUGACUUUUUUUAAUUGAAGAGAAAAGGUUGAAUUUAAGGAUUUCUGGUUAUUACCCAUUCAUUUUUCUAGCUAUGCCAACAAUACACCGAUCAUGAAUACUGAUGAUUAGCUUCUUAUCUUUCUUCCUCUUCAUUUUUCCUUAAAUCAAAAUCUAGUUUUGUCUUAAAAAGUGCAAAUUAAAGAGGGUGGUAGGGGAAGAAAUUACAAAUUAAAGAUCUAUUUCACCAGCAGUGACAUUCAGUAUGGUAUCUUUCUUUGGAUUACUUAAAACUGUAGAAGUUAUAUAGUACAAACAAAGUUAUGUCAUAAAUCUUCAACUACCACAGAAAUUUAUUUCAUAAAUAACUAAACAUUUCUACUUAAGACAUUUAUGUGACAGCUAAGACAAGGAUUGCAGUAGAUCCACAGGUAAGCCUUUUAAUUUAUACUCAAAUUAAAUCAAUAUUCACAUUUAGUAAGAAAAGAAUUGAUCAUUUCACCAACCUUUAUCAUUAGCAGGAAUACACAUUUUAUUCAAUACCAGAGGCUGCUUGCAGAUCCAUUCUUAAUUAUGCAAAAUAAAAACCCUUGUCACACAGGUAAAAGAGAAAUACUCUUUAAAGAAGCGGAAAAAACAAACAACCCAGAUGACAAAAUUCUGUAUUUCACAGAUUCUCUGAAACACACACUGGAAAGCGGAUCAGAAACAUUACCUCUUGGGAAACAAGGAGAUAGCAUCCGAGUCUGAUGAAGUCCACGGAGAAUGAAUACUACCAUGAACAGCGUGAGGACUGUCCCUUCAGUGACAGCCAGGCAGUGUGUUGGAAGCAGCUUUGUCAACGUUCUUUCCCUGCGUGCAGAAAGCUGUCAGAGGUGCUCUUCCCAUUUGAAAAGGUCUUUCUUAAACCUGUUAUUGAAGACCUAAGCAUGGAAUUGGCCAGAAAAUGCACUGAACUUAUUAGUGAUAUCCAUUAUAAGGAAGAGUAUAAAAGGUCUAAGGAUAAGUGUACAUUUGUGCCUGAUACUCCGAUGCUAAACCAUGUAAAAACUGUUGGUGCUUUCAUUUCUGAGGCAAAAUACAAAGGUGCAUCCAAGGCAGAUCUCUCAAAUUCUCUGUAUAAGCAGAUGCCAGCCACAAUUGACAGUGUCUUCGCAAAAGAAGUUACUCAACUUCAAAGUGAGGUUGCCUACAAGCAGAAGCAUGAUGCAGCCAAAGGAUUUUCAGAUUAUGCUCACAUGAAGGAGCCGCCUGAGCUAAAACAUGCCAUGGAGGUCAUGAAACACCAGAGUAAUAUUUCUUACAGAAAAGAUGUGCAGGAUACACACUUGUAUAAUGCAGAGCUUGACAGACCGGACAUCAAGAAGGCAACACAGAUCUCCAAGAUCAUAAGCAAUGCAGAAUACAAGAAAGGACAAGGAGUAAUGAAUAAAGAGCCUGCUGUAAUUGGAAGGCCAGACUUUGAACAUGCUGUGGAAGCUUCUAAACUUUCUAGCCAAAUUAAAUAUAAAGAAAAAUUUGACAAUGAAAUGAAGGAUAAGAAACAUCAUUAUAAUCCCCUUGAAAGUGCCUCUUUCAGGCAAAGUCAACUAGCGACUAUCCUGGCAAGUAAUGUGAAGUACAAGAAAGACAUGGAAACUAUGCAUGAUCCUGUUUCAGGUCUCCCAAAUUUGGUUUUAGAACAUGCGCUGAAAACCAGCCAAUUGCUCAGCGGACAUGAGUAUAAAAAGGGUUUCGAGGAAAACAGAGGGAUGUACCAUUUCGCCGCGGAUGCUGCGGAACACCUGCACCAUAAGGAAAACGCCACCCUCCAGAGCCAGGUUAAAUAUAAAGAAGAAUAUGAGAAAAAUAAGGGGAAGUCAAUGCUUGAGUUUGUGGAGACACCGUCAUACCAAACUUCAAAGGAGGCUCAGAAGAUGCAGAGUGAGAAAGUUUACAGAGAGGAUUAUGAGAAGGAGAUCAAAGGAAGGCCAGCACUGGAUUUAGACAAGACUCCGGAAUUCUUACAUGUGAAAUACGUCACCAACCUUCUGAAGGAGAAAGAAUAUAAAAAAGACCUAGAAAAUGAAAUAAAAGGAAAAGGAAUGGACCUUAGUUCAGAUGUUCUUGACAUUCAAAGAGCAAAGCGUGCAUCAGAAAUGGCUAGUGAGAAAGACUAUAAAAGAGAUCUAGAGACUGAAAUCAAAGGGCGAGGCAUGCAGGUGAGCGCGGACACUCUUGAUAUCCAGAGAGCUAAAAAGGCAUCUGAAAUAGCCAGCCAGAAAGAAUAUAAGAAAGAUUUAGAAAAUGAAAUUAAAGGGAAGGGAAUGCAGGUGAGCAUGGAUAUCCCAGACAUGCUUCGAGCCAAGAGAGCAUCUGAAAUCUACAGCCAGAGAAAGUACAAAGAUGAAGCAGAGAAAAUGCUCUCUAACUAUUCCACUGUGCUAGAUACUCCAGAAAUUCAGAGAAUUAAGACAACCCAACAGAACAUUAGUGAUGUACUUUAUAAGAAAGAAAUAGGAGCUGGCACAGCAGUAAAAGAUACUCCAGAGAUUGAACGAGUGAAGAAAAAUCAGCAGAAUAUUAGUUCACUGCAAUAUAAAGAGCAGAACUACAAGGCAACUCCAGUCAGCAGCACCCCGGAGAUAGAGAGAGUGCGGAGAAACCAGGAGCAGCUGAGCAUGGUCAAAUACAAAGGAGAGAUGAAACAGGCAACAGCCAUAUCUGAUCCCCCAGAGCUGAAGAGAGUGAAAGAGAACCAGAAGAACAUCAGCAAUGUGUGUUAUAAAGGUCAACUGGGAAAAGCUACGGCUUUAAGCAUGACUCCUGAAAUGGAAAGGGUAAAGAAGAAUCAAGAAAAUAUUAGUUCGGUAAAAUAUACCCAGGAUCACAAACAGAUGAAAGGCAGACCAAGUAUGAUUAUAGAUACACCUGGUCUAAGACAUGUCAAAGAAGCACAAAAUCAUAUUUCAAUGGUAAAAUAUCAUGAAGAUUUUGAAAAGACCAAGGGACGGGGCUUUACUCCUGUUGUGGAUGACCCUGUGACCGAGCGAGUGAGGAAGAACACUCAGGUGGUCAGUGAUGCGGCCUACAAAGGGGUCCAUCCGCACAUCGUGGAGAUGGACAGGAGGCCUGGAAUCAUUGUGGCACCUGUUCUGCCUGGAGCCUACCAGCAAAGCCAUUCCCAAGGCUAUGGGUACAUGCACCAGACCAGCCUGUCAUCCAUGAGGUCAAUGCAGCAUUCACCAAAUCUACGGACCUACCGAGCCAUGUACGAUUACAGUGCCCAGGACGAAGAUGAAGUGUCCUUCAGAGACGGCGACUACAUUGUCAAUGUGCAGCCCAUCGACGACGGGUGGAUGUACGGCACCGUGCAAAGGACGGGGAAGACGGGCAUGCUGCCAGCCAAUUACAUUGAGUUUGUUAACUAACCCUCCUCUUUGCCCUUUGAGCUUUAUCCUAAUGUAUACUAAACUGGAUCUUUUUAAAAGGUAGAAGAUACUUUUAAGGCAACUGAACUGUUGUUUUACAAUAAUCUGUUCCUUUCUUUGACAAUUAGACACACAGGUACCGGGAAGAAGGGAUGACUUUUGGGCUGAAAACAGCAGCAUUUUCAGUAACUCCUAUAAAAUUUAUGUCUUGGUCUGGAGACUUGGUGCUGCUAAUUGUAUUAAUGGUUUCCUUGAGUUGGCUACCAAACCCUUUUGGGAAUGUGUGGUUAUAGAGUUUGAGAUAGGUUGUUGACUGCCCCUAAAUAUAACAAGUAUACAAAACUUCUUAGAUGUCACUUUGGAAUCACCAGAAGCCAAUUCUCUUGAAUUAGUAAAACAGCCAACAAUUUGAAACUUUAUAUUUUGAGUCUUUAAGUGAUUUCUAAUUCAAGUGAAAAUUGCUUAAUGUAACAUACAUAAGCAAUGGCAGAAUGACAGUUGGUGAAAUUUAUAUCAACUGGUAGUCUCGGGGACUUAGAAACAAACAAGAAUUCCUUUUUUCCUUGGCCAACCGUGGUCUACUUAUAUCUCAUUUGUACUAAUGCACUCCUACUCUCUGUUAAUAUUCUGUGGGCCCAAAUUUCUGCUUAGAAUUUGGCCCACAGAUUGUCAGAACUGAGUAACAUCACAGCUACUCUGCAAAGGGCAAAUUUUAAGGUCACCUAUCCAAUUUCUCUAAUAGGCUUCACCCUGUUGCAUGUCAUGUAGGUUCAAAAUUCUAUAACAUAUGUUCCUGUUAUUCAAGCAAAAAGUAUGGCUGAUAUCUAAAACACUUUUCCUCUUUUGCCAGCUCAUCAGGAAAAAAUAUUUUGAAAAGUUGCUUGAGAUUCUCCUGCUAGUUGCAUUCUAGUUUUGAAGGAUGUACACCUUAGAAAUUAGAUAUAUAGUCUAGUACAUAAGUGGUUUAGGUACUUCUUGAACAACUUUCAUUAACUUAAUGCUCCUAUUGAUUUAAAAGUAAACAAAAAUUAACAGGAGCCAAUAUGUUGGUGGUGUGGGUGGGGAAAGUAUGGAAGAAAAAGUGUGCUUCAGAAAACUAGUGAAAACUACUCCACCGAGAGAGCGAGCAGUGAUCUGGCUUUUUGUUUUGGACAAUGGCAUUCAAAUUCUGGAAUGGAAAGGUAGCCACUGAAACUAGUUAAUAAAAAUACUUCCUUUCCACUUUCAAUUUUUUUUCUAACUUAGAAUCACAGAAUGUUAAGAUAGGAAUGUACACAGAGAUAUCUCAGUUCAGAGCCAAUAGGCUGUUCAUGAAAAUAGAACUGAUGGCACACUGAUUUUUGACUUUGAAAUGUGUGAGCCUGCUGGGCUCACUCAUAGUCAUGGCCUUAGCCCAUGGUGGCUGGUCAUGAGCUUUUACACACUGUCAAGAUCACCAGAGAGAUUAACACCCAUCUGCAACUCUGUUUUCCUGAUGUGUCAUUUGUUGGAACUGCAACAGGAUAGCGUUCUUCUAGGCCUCUGAUGUUCUGAUGAAGCUGGAAAAGUUGCAAAAAUAUAAUUAAAAAAACUCUUGACCUGGAGAGAUAGUCCAUGGGUUAAGGGUGUUUGCCUUGCAUGUGGCUGACUUGGUUUGAAUCCACAGCACCAAAUAUGGUCCCUCAAAUACUGCCAGGAAUGAUCCCUGAGCACGGCUGGGUGUGAUUCCUCACCCUCCCCAAAUCACACUUGGGAUAGUUGGGAUAGCUACCUUAUGUAUUCUAUUCAAGGAAAUGCACCAGAUUUCCUAUAAUAUAAGUUUAUUAAGUUAGUCACACAAGCACCAUUUGUUGGCAUCUUUGAAAACUUAGGACAUGUUUUUUAGAAAACUCUGCAGUUUUAUCUAUAUCUGGCCAAAAAUUUUAAAAAGGCUUUAUUGAACCUGAGCUAUAGAUACACGACACCAACAUAAAGCAGAAAAGAUAAAAAGUUCAGGUAAAUACUGAAGAGUUUUUGGAGGUUUUUUUUUUUAUGGAUUACCAAAGAAUUAGUAUGACCAAUUUUCUGCCAUUGGAAGGACCAGUCAUAUUUAAAUCAUUAACCUCACAUUAUUUUUGGUGACUUGUACAGAAACCUACAAUGAAAAACUGAACAUUCAAUAUUUUUGCAUAAAUUUCUGUGCACAAAAAUUGAAGCUGACUCAAUUUUAUUGUACCAUUAAAUAAGUAUUUACAUAUCGCCCAGACAGAGCACUUUUUGAGAUUAUAAAAAAAAUAAUUGUUGAUUACAUUUUCAGACUGAAUGUAGGACAGGUACAAUUUUUGACAAAUAAUACAUUUAGAGGAUUCUCAGAGAAAAUUGACUUGAAAUGAUGAUUAUAAAUCUGGAAAGUUACCAUGUUUCAUUGCUUUCCUAAUCUACUGAUUUUUAAAAGUCAAUUCACUGGAUGUAAAAGUCAAUAUACAUUUGAAGGAAUAAUUCUCCACAAAUUUUAAGCUUCACCUGAUGUUUGCAUAGCAAGACGUUUCUGCUUACAGUCUUAGGAACUCAGAUCUCAUCAGAAUUUAAUUAGAGGGCAGUUAUUUUUGCAAUUAAGAGUGAGGAGAACAUACUCCCGAGGCUAUAAUUUGAUAGUGUUGUCCUUGUUACAAAAUCCCACCAGGGUAUUAUUAAGCUUCUCAGUAGAAAAACAGAAAACAUGGAAUACCAAAGUGCUACUUCUACAGCAUCAUUUUUAAAAAAGUAUUUUCUUGGGCAACCUUGUCUCUUCCCACAUUUCUCCUUCCUACCUUCAGUUUGACAAAUGGGUAUCUCAUCUGAAUAACGUUGACAGUGAAGGAAGAAUUUAAGAGCAAGCCUUUUCAAUGAAGUCAAAGAAGUCUGUGCAAAAACAGUGAAGAGAACAUUCAGCCAAUUUUUCUCCCCAUUGGAUGUGUUCUCAAGUCUAACAGAAGCACAAGGAGCAAUUUGAUAUGCUUUUAAAAGGGUACAGCCAACAGGAGUUAGGUGACUCAGCGCUCUUGAGAAAAGUUUUGCCACAAAAUAUAUUGCUUUUGUUCUAGGCUUUUGUAGUCAACGUUUUUACUAAUUCCUGUUCACCAGGAAAGCUUUCUAUUUCUAACCUGCAGCAAAGUGAAUUUUCCUGUCUCCUCAUUAGCGUUCACACACUCGCAUAGUGCAGUUUGAAAUACUCAUUUCUCACCUUCAGAUCUCUCUAUAGGUCCCCGCAUCUUCCCUGGCCUCUGCCACUAUAGGAGACCACAUGCAAUGUGCAAGCACAAUUUCCAGGAACAUUGUAGGAACACGGAUGAGUUUAGCCCACCCCCUCAUCUGCCAUGAGGUACAAUGCUUGAGGGUCAUGAAGAUGCAGCUUUGCCCGUGACUAGUCUUUCCUUGUCUCUCAUUUCUGAGCUUGAAAACAUUCUGGGCCUCGGAAAACAGGCUGCUGUAAAACAGGCCACGGAAAUGCAAAGGGCCUCUUUUUUUCAGGUUCCUCUAUCUCCCAUGGAAUGUUUUUAAUGAAAAGCAAAAUAACAUAUUGUGUGACUCUUUACAAACAUAUCGCUAUAUAAAGUGGAUAUAGUUUAUACCAAAUUGACAGUUUAGGUAUUUACAAAAACAGGUGCCUUUUUGAUUAUCCUUAUUAAUCCACUAUGGUCUUGGGAAGAAAACCAAGCAAGCAAGUUUUUGCCUAUUCCAGAAUAAUAUUUUAUUAUACAUGAUUGGUAUUUUUGUGGUGGGGAAGCGAGAUGCUCCUGACACAUAUGAAAUGUGGUAGCUGAUUGUAUUUUAUCUCUAAAGAUUUCAGCCUUUAGAAAAUACUGACUUCUGUUUUUCUUUUUUCUUUUCCCUGAAGGGUUCUUUGUGGAUUUAUAGAUAGUUGAGAUACAUAAACUUUAACUUUAGGUUUGGGAUUUAAAAUACUUAUUGUAAGAUAGAAGAGUUAUAUUAUGAGGCUAAAUACAUUUUAAAAGGUGAGAUUCACUUCAUAAAUUCCUUAUACUUUAGCAUUUGCCUCUGAUAGUCUAAAAGUGUCUAGAGUGUGAUUAUUUGGGAUAAUGUGACAGGGGGUAAAAAAGCUUUAGUUAAGUUAGACGCUCCGUAAGUUAAGUUAAGAAUGCUAAGAUGAAAGUCUCUUUCUGAAGUAUUCCAUGCCUAGAAGAGUCCUUUCCAGGCAAUGAAUUGUCAACUCUUGAUGAUCAAGACAUUGGAUGUUGCUUUUGUGGCAGCCCUUUUUUUUGUGGCAAUGUAAGCAUCAAGGUAGCAGCCCUACCUUGAUGCUUACAUCCCUACCUUGAUGCGUACAUUGCAGGAAUUCAAAGGCCUGGAAAGAUCUCCUGGGCAAAAAUCCUUCCCCAUAGUCCCUGUUACUUCAGUAUAUUCAUGGAAACUCCAUAUGCUUUUUGUGUUUGAUAUCUUGUAUCCAGUUUGCAUAGUAUAUACUUUGUAAUCAAGUUUCUGUUAAGAAUGAUUUGUUUUAAAAGAAAAGAGAAAACUGCAUCCAAGUUCCAUUCUUCAGUUUCUGUACAAUGAACGUGGGGGCAUUUAGUAGCAGCCCCGAGUAGGUUGCAGGCAUCAUGUGAAAUUGUUGUUCUAGGACCUCUGAUAAAAAUACUUUAAAAUAUAGUAUUUGCUUUUAAAUAUGUCAAAUUAUAAUUAAUGAUUAAUUUACAUGAUUGUACUAACUUUGAGAGGUUACAGUUAAAUGAGACAAUGUUUCUAAAACCCAGGGACAUACUGAAUGAUAAAAUGUUACUAAUACAAUUUGGCUUUUGUUAUGCAAAUUGUUAACACCAGCUAUUAAAUCUAUUUUAGUAGAAAUGCUUUAAUUUAUGUUCUUUUCCUCUACACUGUGAAUCUUUAAGCCUUGGUGGACGAGAGAAACGUUGUACUACCUAUGCAAACUAAUUUCCAUUUUAGUGGCUGUCACAGUAAAUGUGUAAUAAGACUUUAUUUCCCCCUGCAUAAUGUGCAGUGGCAUUGGAAUCACACUUUAAAGCUUAGCAUCAUUAUGUAUAGUAGAGUCGCUCACAACCUUUCAAGGCUACCAAAAUCCCUAGUAUUGGUAUUUGUUGACGAGCAAAUUGCUAAUUUACUAUUAAAACUACUUGAAUGGUAUCAGAACUAGAAUGACAGUUGAAUGUGUCGGCCAUGGCUUCAAUGUGGUCACUGCAAGUGUUUGCCUAUGAUAGACCUGUGUUCUCAGAUGCACUCUCUUCAGGGUAUUAUUAUUCUGUGUCAUUUUUCUGUAUUUGUAAAACAUGAUCAUGCUUUACUUUCUUAUCUCUACACAUUUGGUUUGCUGAAAUAAAUGCAGGAUAAAACAAAGUGGUUCUACUUCUUGGUUCUCACCAUGGUUUCUUAGAAAGUGAUGAACUGUUUUACUGGGGGAAGUAAGUUGAUCAUAGUAACUCACAUCAAAUGGCAUCAGAGGGGUGUCUGGGCUUCAGUGCACCGACAUUGGUGACUCAUUUCAAAUGUGUUUUCCUGGAAUAAGUUUAGCUUUAACUGAUAACAUUAUUAAGCUUUUUUCAAACUCUAUUUGAUUUUAUAUCAUAGUACUGCAAUAAUACAUCACUGUAGUUCAUUUUUUCCAAGAUUAUAUUUUUCAUAUGUCCUCAAUUGUACAACUUUAAUUUUCUUGUGUUUGCAAGAUGAAAGAAAUAGCUUGGAGCAAAGAAAAACACACACACACAAAUUGAGUCCAUGAAACAAGAAGAUACUCUGAUUUCUCAGUGAAGAAGGAUUCAUUUAUCAUAGAACAUAAUUGCUUCUCCCCCUUAAUUUCCCCAUAAUUGAAAAGUGAGUCCUUAUUUUUACCAUCAUGUAAAUUUAUCAAGAUUUGGAUCUUAGCCUCACUGUAUUCUUUUAUAAAAGUCCCUCUUUGAUGGUACUUAAUCACUCCUAAUUGUAAAUUGAUAUGUAUGCAUAGCACAUAUAUUCAACACACAUACAGCAUAAGCCCUUGUUCCAAAUCUUGAUGUUUUUGUUACAAAAUAAUGAAUUAAAUAUUUCCAUGAUAUUAAUAAUCAAACAUUUUAGUAUAUAUCAAAUGACAAUAUUACUUGAAACUUUUGCUUUUUUUCUUCCUAAGAGUUUGUUCCUUUGUCAUUACAAAUCUAUUCUUUGGAACUUAAACCAUAGAGAAAUCAAAUAACAUAGAAAGUUUUUUUUCUGAACUAAAAUAUUAAGCUUUGAAGAUACAACGCUUACUAUUUUAAUAAUUCUAACUUAAAAUUUUGCUGUUGCUUUAUUAAGUAAUUGAGCCAUUUGUAACCACCAGAAACCUACCAAAAUAACUCUCAAAAUUCAGACAUAGUACAGUAAAAAGCAGAUAAAAGGAAAGUUUUGUUUCUUCCCUUUGUGUAAUCUGCUUCCCCUACACAGAGGGAUUGAAUAAGAGUUUUGUGAUGGCAGAAAACUGGAUGUGGUCCAACUUCAAACUUCAACUGCUUUCUGCAGUUCUAAGCAAAAUUCUCUGGCCUUUGUCUAUUAUGUUUGUAUUAUGGAACAGAAGGGUUCUGGUAAAAAAUAGAAUGAGAAAAUGAAUUUUAAGGGUGAAAAGUCAAUUUGAAAACAAAGGGCUCAGUUACUGAUUUUGUAUUUAUACCAUGACAUUUUGAUUAUUGCCACCUUUUUUCUUCGUUGUCUUUCUUUUUUAAAGUAGCAGACAUAUAAAGAAUGUAGACAGAAAUAGAGAAAUGCAUCUAAAUCUGAACUCCUGUUAUUCCACUUAAAAAAUUCAUGAACUUUCUCCACUCAAAUUUAAUGAUGCUAUUGCACCUUAAAUGGGUUAGGUUAGUUUCUGAUUCUUGAUCUUACUAAUGUGCGUUAGGGGCAUGUGACCCAAGUUAUCUUUUGUGAUCAAGGUUCACCAUGUAACCUCAUGAUACUGGGCAUAAAUGGCUUGAUCACAGUGACCCACCAUAUAUAAGGUGCCCUAGGAGCUUCCCCUGUUGGAGACUACGCAGGAAACUUUAAUCAACAUAGACGAUAUCCAAGUCUUACUUAAAAGUCUCAGUGUAUAGAUCAUUGGCAAUGUCAGGAGCCACAGAGAGAUGGGAAGAAAAGUCUUCUUGUCAUUUCCCGUCACAGAGGAAGUCCCAACUCCAGUCUCAGAAGCAAAGCCACACUGAGAGCCAGGUGUGCAGGCUUUCAUCUUGCCUGGCGAGACAGGCGAAAAGAGAAGACCUCUUAUAAAAGAUAAGAUAGAAGAUCUCUUAUCUUUUAUUGUGAUAUGGGGAGGCUACUCCGAGCUGUGCUCAGGAAUCACUGCUGGUGAUGUUUGGGGAUCAAUACUCUAUAGACGAGAUUGAGCUGGGGUAGGCCGCAAGCAAAGCAAGCACUUUAUCUCAUGUACUAUCUUCCUAGGAUGGAAGGAAGUACAUGAUAUUCCCCCAACAAAUGCCACUCACAUUCCUAUAGUUGAAAUGUUACCAUGAAGUCUUACAUUUUGUUUUCUUUUAUGCCACACUACUUCAUUCUAUUGAGAGUUACUUUAGUUAGGAGUUGUUUCCCUGAGCCCUCUAAGGGGAACCCAUAGCUCAUUGCUUAUGAUUUAACUUCAAACAGUGAUACAAAGAACUGCAGGUUUAGAGGGCUAUUCACAUAAUUUUUUAAAAUCUUUGUCAAAAAAAUGGAAGCUGUCUUGGAACGACGUAGACACUGGUAAUCUAGACAGAAAAGCCAAAUUGUUUUUUCAGAGCUUUUAGAAAUACCUAUUUAUUUGGGUUUACUCAGUGAUGUUUCUUGAUGAAGGUGUAUAUAGUGGUAAAUGUAAUGCAUUUAUUCAACAUGCACAAUUUAGUGUUUAUGUCAUUCAAGGAACAGCACACAGGUCCUUUGCUCAGAAAGCUUAAAUACUUGAAAGGGGAAGUCAGCUGGCCCCUAAUCUAAGGCUCUGCACGUAUACACAUGCAUUUAGUUACACAUAAAUACUUGCACAAUUAAUGUCUUCACUGCAGCUUAUGAUAUUUUAUGAAAGCUAAACCUGGUGCUCCUAGAGUUCUUGUCACUCGGCAAAAGUGAGCUGUGGACUUUGGGGGAGAAUUGAAAAAAAAUUGUUAGAGAUACUGCUGUUUGAACAGAAUUCUGAAAAGCAUCCUGGGGGCCAUGUUAAUCCAGCGAGGUGUUGGACAUGUGGAAAUUCAGUCUCUGUCUUAGACAGAUACUGUCCUCUCUCAAGCUUUAAUUUAGCAAUAACUGGUUUUCAUAUUUUCAAUGUAAUUAAGUUUGUUGUAGACCAAUGUCUGCACAGCACUUUUAUUGUUCUCAUUAUUGUUUACUUCACUUAGGAAAAUAACUUAUCAAGUUGUAAGAGUUAACCAUAUAAACAAAAUUUACUGAUGGGAAACACUUCACUUCUUUUAUGGGGGGAAGGAUAAUUGAUUCAUGUGUAGACUUUCGUGUGUUUGUACUUUCUCUCUGAAUAUUUUUUGAAAAAUGUGUGCUUACAGAGUUUGUUGCUAUGGUGCCUGCCACUGAAUUGAUUGAUUGAAAAUGCUCUUCUGUCCUAUUUUAGAUUUCAAAGAUUUCAAAUUUGUCUUUUUCAUUUAGUAUGUGAUAGGUGCUGGAUUUGCUGCAUUAACACUGGGAAACACAGGGAAAAUAACUCAAUGGUAAUUAUUUGUAAUUAGACCCUGUUCUGAGACAAAUCAUGGCUUUUGCUUAUAGAAUCUUGGAAUUAAUCUGCACACCUUCCUCCUAUAAAAAUCUGAUCCUAUGUUUGCACACUUUAUUGUGUGGAUCCUGCCCAUUUAAGUAAAUGAUUGAUUUUAUGGUGGAUAUAUUUGCUUCUCUUCAUCAAUGCCUGACAAAAUGCUUGUUGAUGGGGAAGUCCUGGAUACUUGGAAACAUUUCCUGGCUGCAUAGAUUUCUUUCUUUUAUAAAGAGAUGUGUUGGUUUUCAAGAAUGUCACAAAAAGUAGUUUCAUAACAUGUAUUUAUGCUAUGUUGCUUCUUUUAAAGGUGUUCUUUAUGAGCUAA